AGGGCAGGUAAAAAGGUGCUGACCCAUCUCUCAGAUGGUAUGUAAUAAAUCAAGAAAUAACAGAUUCUACUGUUGCUUAUUAAGAGAGAAGGACAUAGAAGAAAAUGAGAAGUUGUAUCCUUGCCCCUUUCAUGCUAAUUAACGCAUUCAGAAGCUGUACCGAAAGGAAUUUAAACUCGUGAUAGUCAUAAGAAAACAGAUCAAAGGAGGAAAACCCAGACCAAGUCAAGGAAAAGAAAGCUGCAUAUGCCUUUCAGUUAACAGAAUACAGGUCUGAAGGAGGUAAGAUGUAUGCUUUUUUAUUCUACACAAAGAUUUGUAUAUUUUUAUUCUACACAAAAUUUUCUGCUUUGCUUCAAAAUUAUGCUCUGGAAGAGGCUUGACUGUCUCUAAGUGAACUUGUAGAUAUUUUCCUUCCCUGGCUAGAAUUGUCUUCAGUAAAGUCAUCGUGUUUUAUACUUUACCUGUGUAAGGUAGGUAGAUUGGCUGGAUACUAUCAAGUAGGAUCUAUUGUUGUGUGCUUUAAAUGACAGAAACAUGAUUACUUGUGGAUUUCUUCUUCACUGUAUUUGAUCAAUUAGAUUUUUAACUGUUCAGACAGCCUGAAGCUUGAUGAUUAUCACAUAAAAACUGGGAGUUAAGAUUAUAACAUAAAUUCCCUGCGCAUCUGAGUUUAGAUUGUGGCAGACAUAAAUUACUAUUCCCAUCUGAAAAUCAACAGAUCUCUGAGACUUUACAGUGAUUGAAAACCUGUCCCCUGACUGUUUACAGGGAAUAACAGAAAUAAACAGCUACUUGUAAGGACAAUAUUAGUUUUUCCUCUCAAUAGUUUUACUUGCCCAGGUAAAUUGCCUUUCUUUCUGUAUUCAACAUUGUACUUCAGAAUUCUGCUAUCACUUUGUACGUAAAAAGAUGACAUAAAAUUCUUCUCUGUUGCAGUCAGGUGCAAAUACCUUUAUGUCACUGGAGAUACUAAAAUGCAGACUAUAGUCUAUAGUUGAGUUUUGUCUUAAAUUGGGACAGCUGCAUAUGGGUGUGGAUCUACUUGAUUCUGAAGAUACUAGAUUAUCCUACCUCCCUAAAAUGCUCGCAUUAAAACACAGAAGUUGAUAAUAUUACACCUUAAAGAUUACAAAUUAUUUAUCACGCUGAGGCACUGUGUUUCUACCCUGUAGGUCUGAGCAGGACCAAGCUCACAAAAUGGGCAGAAGAAAUGACCACCCAUAUGGCAACUAUUUCAGAGGGAGAGGACACACCUAUUUUGCAGCAGAAGAAGCUCUGGGCAUUGGACUUUUCAUUUUGCUGCUGGCAACUUUACUUGCUUUUGGCUGCUGGUAUUACAAAAGACGUAGUGGCUAUAAAAGUCUGCGGAGCAAAAGCUCUAGUGUGAGCACAGCACGAAACGUGGUAGGUGAGGGAGCAAUACUGGACUGCAAAAUGGCUCUGCAGGAGUACAGAAACUUUAAUUCUGUGGUACCUGAUGCUCCACCAGCUUAUGACAAAAUUGCUGCAGAUCAGUCACCACCACCUUAUUCACCAUGAUAACAUGAAAUUUUAAACUCUUCAUGCUCCCUCUUAAUUUCCUGU